CUCUAUCUGCGCCAGCUCCCGUAGCCUCGAAGAUCUCGCGGCGCUCACCUCUCUGAUGCAUAACUAUCUGCUACCUCUCCGCGAGUGGGCAUCGCGACUCCGAACUGCUUGUAACUCUAGGGAGGAGUUCUUGCGAUAUGUGCACACCGAAGGCAACUCCCAAGGCGGCCACUCGUGGUCGAACGAAGAUCUCAAGCCUUCUCCGCCUCAUAUGGUGAAUUGGAAGUGGUAUAACUUCUGCCUCUUCUGGUUCGGAAUGGGGUUUGGAAACUGGUCACUCGGGUCUAGCAUCGUCGGGGCAGGGCUCACAUGGUGGCAGGCGACGAUCGUCGUCUGGAUCGCUGCAUUCGUAGCCGGGCUCUGCAUGGCUCUGAACUCUCGCGCAGCCGCGAACUACCAUGUCGGAUACCCUGUCAUCCUCAGGACGUGCUUCGGGAUGUACGGCCACUACUGGCCCGUGUUCGCUCGCGGUGCCUGCGCGAUGCUAUGGGUUUCCAUACUCAACUUUCAGGGAGGCGCCUUCGUAUCCACAAUGCUGCGAUGCGUGAUCGGGAAGCGAUGGGACAAUCUCGGCUCGCAGUUCCCUCCGUCCGUUGGGACGACUCUCCAGCGAUUCAUCGGGUUUCUCAUCUUCUGGGCGAUCGAGCUACCGUUCUGUUCCCUAAGGCCGAACCGGCUGCGCUGGCUCUAUACGUUCAAGGCGUGGACGUUGCCUCCGUCCGUGUUCGGGCUGCUCAUCUACUGCUUGGUGCAGAGCCGUGGUCAGCUUGCCUCCGACGAAGCUCUAGCGGGAUUGUCGGCACGUCCCCGUGGUUCUGCCCUAGUAUGGCUGGUCGUUGGCUCAAUCAACUCCGCAAUGGGUAACUGGUCGACUUUCAUCGCUAACAUGCCGGACUUCUCCCGCUACGCCACAAAUCCCUCCGCCGUCAUGUGGACUCAUAUCAUAUUUGUCCCAUUUCCUGCUGCACUCGGAGGCAUGAUAGGAAUCUUCGGCACGUCCUGCAUCCAGCGGGCCUGGGGCGUCACGCUCUGGAACCAGUGGGACCUCCUCGACGCCAUCCUCGAGCACUCCUGGACCGGCCCCGCACGCCUCGGCGUCUUCCUCCUCGCCUUCUGCGCCGCGCUCUUCAACUUCGGCACCAUCCUCGGCGCGAACCUGCUCCCCUUCGCGAGCGACGCGACCGCGCUCCUCCCCGCGUACGUGAACCUCACGCGCGGGAUGUGGCUCUGCUGCACGGUCUCGCUCGCGCUCAUGCCCUGGAAGCUGCUCGCGUCCGCGGACGGCUUCCUGGCGUUCCUAGAGGGCUAUGGGAUCUUCAUGGGUCCGACUGCUGCGAUCAUGGUUGCGGACUACUGGGUCGUGCGCAGGGGCAACAUCCAUAUCGCGGACGCGUACUCGUCGGCGCCCGGCGCGCGGUACAUGUACUUUCAUGGGUUCAACCUCAACGCCAUCGCCGCGUACUUCUGUGGGAUGAUGAUCCCGUUUGUGGGAUUCGUCGGGACGUUUGGCAUCCCCGUGCCCAAGGCUGCGACAAGAUGCGACGAGAUUGGAUGGUACGUCAGCGCCGUCGUGGCCGGGGUUGUUUACAUCACCCUCUGUCGCCUCCAUCCAUUGGACAACAUCGACAAGUCCCUCGACUGGGAAGAUCUUGCGCGCGAAUUCGCAGAAAGCCGUAAACUGUCGCACGACAAGAGCAGUACCGAACAGGAUAGUGCAGAGGCGGAGAAGGAGGGCGCCGAGAUGUCGAGUAAAGACGACGUAGAGGUAUCGUACGUCCAAGUUGUCUGA